GCGCCGUGCCGCGCGAGCACCGGCCUAGAGUCAGGAUCAAGACUACAACAAGAUGGCUGACCAGGACCCGGGGGGCAUUAGCCCCCUCCAACAAAUGGUGGCCUCGGGCACUGGAGCAGUGGUCACCUCUCUCUUCAUGACGCCCCUGGACGUGGUGAAGGUGCGUCUGCAGUCCCAGCGCCCCUCGGUGGCCACCGAACUGAAGCCGCCCUCUAGACUCUGGAGCGUGCCCUACACCAAAUUGCCCUCCUCUCUCCAACCCACAGGGAAGUGCCUCCUGUCCUGCAAUGGUGUCCUGGAGCCCCUCUACCUGUGCCCACACGGCGCGCGCUGCGCCACCUGGUUUCAUGACCCCUCCCGAUUCACCGGCACCAUGGAUGCCUUUGUGAAGAUUGUGCGGCACGAGGGCGCCAGGACCCUGUGGAGUGGCCUCCCAGCCACCCUGGUGAUGACUGUGCCGGCCACUGCCAUCUACUUCACCUCCUACGACCAACUCAAGACCUUCCUGUGUGACCGAGCCUUGACCUCCGACCUCUAUGCCCCCAUGGUGGCUGGCCCUCUGGCCCGCUUGGGCACUGUGACUGUGGUCAGCCCCCUGGAACUGGUGAGAACGAAGCUACAGGCUCAGCAUGUGUCCUAUCGGGAGCUGGGCACCUCUGUGCAGGCCGCAGUGGCUAGGGGCGGCUGGCGCUCCCUGUGGCUGGGCUGGGGGCCCACUGCCCUUCGGGACGUGCCUUUCGCAGGCCUGUAUUGGUUUAACUACGAGCUGGUGAAGAGCUGGCUGAGUGGGCCCAGGCCAAAGGACCAGACAUCCGUGGGCAUCAGUUUUGUGGCUGGCGGAAUCUCAGGGACGGUGGCAGCCAUCCUGACUCUGCCCUUUGACGUGGUGAAGACCCAGCGCCAGGCCGCGCUGGGCACAGUGGAGGCUCUGAGAGUGAGGCCGCCACGGGUCGACUCCACCUGGGUGCUGCUGCGGGGGAUCCAGGCCGAGUCGGGCACCAAGGGGCUCUUUGCAGGCUUCCUGUCCCGGAUCAUCAAGGCCGCCGCUUCCUGUGCUAUUAUGAGCAGCACUUACGAGUUUGGCAAAAGCUUCUUCCAGAAGCUCAAUCAGCAGCGGUUGCCAGGCCCUUGAAAGAGGCAUAGGGACUCCCAUCUCCUCAGGUGGGCUGUGGGCUGAAGGAGACUGAGCCAAGUGCCUUUUCCUCAGCACUGAGGGGCGGGCCCUGCGGCCUCCCCCCACCAGACCACCCUCAGGCCCUCCCCAGACCGGGCCUUCUUCCUGCUGCACCCCACACCCCAGACUCAAGGAUCUUUUCUUACCCCACCAAGUUCAAGACCAAAUUUACUACCUGCCGCCCACCUCCCUGCCCCUGUAUGUUUGCUGUGACUGGGCCUGCCUCAGUCUCCCCUACCUCUAUUAAUUCCUUACAUCUGAAGAUGAAAAA